ACCAUAUUGCACGCGUGUGUACCAUACACAGUAAAACAUAAAUACAGCAGCAGCAUUUCACACAUAUUUAACCGGGGAACUUUAGCGCGGCUGUUGGAAAUUAGCCGUAAUUGUACCGGGAUCUAUGUACUGUAGUACUGCAGUAGUACUACUACUUCCUCUACUACGCAGUAUUUGCAUGUACUGCGCUGUCUCUGUCCCUGUCCUCAGUGAGCGUGGUUACAGUUCAUCCGUGAAGUAGAGCUGAACGGCCAGAUUCUUUUCACUCCCAUGCCACCCAAGAGAGACGCGGGGACGACUCCAACACAGCCGCCUGUCAAGAUGAUAAAAAUCGGCACUGACUCACAGGAGUUUGGCUGUGAUCCAGUGGAGGAUAAGUACAGGUUGGCCGAGGAGUCCAGCUACUCCCCCUUUCCCAACAAUGAGCAUGAAACCAUUGAAUUUGAUGAAGAAAACAUUCCAAGCCCAGACAUCAGAACAGACACCAUCAGCCUCCUCAUGAAAAUUGAGCAACUGCAGGCACAACUCAAGUAUGAACGCAGAUGUAGAAUUCUGGCCGAGAGAGAACUGAGGGAGUUGAAAGAGAUGAACACUCUCAUGAUGCAGAUGAGGCACACAGCACAUGAACUGCGAGUCACUCUGGAUCACGUUCUCCAAGGAGGCGAGGUGUCAGCAGCGCCGCAGACCUCUCAAGAUGAAACCGUCUCUUUCCUGGCUGAGUCUGGGGAAGAGAUGAGAGAGGACUUUAAUAUCCCAGAGGAAGAUGACAACUUCUUGUAUCUCACUGAGCAUCUUCGAGUACCAAAAAAUCUUUAUGUGCGCAUCGCCGAGAUUGCAGACUACAAAAAGUACACGUCGGCUCUGCUGAUGAUACUUUUUGACAGAGAAACAUUAGCCACACACUCUCUGCAGGGCCGGAGGAACACCUUUAGUGGAGAAGACUGCCACAAGCCUCAACUCCCCCCUGAGAUCUUGAGAAGUCUAAUUGGUCAUGUGGCAGUCAAGUUCGGCAUUGAAAGCAGCCAAAUAAAAGUUGCGAUCCGUACAAAGUUGAAUAAUGAGGACAAGCUAUUAAAGAAGAGACUGGGUAUGGGUAAAGCUGAAAACAAAGCUAUUAUGGAUCAAAGCCUUUGCCAAGAUGCUUCACUCCUGCCUGAAAAUGGAGCAAUGGAAAAUGAUUCUCAGUUAUAAUCUUGAGUCUGCCUUCAUCUGUUGGUCACCCGUUUUUCAUUAUCUGAUAGAGAUGUGUGACAGGUUGCCUUUUUAAUCUACCUGUAGUUUAUUCAGUGUUGAAAUCUAGUGCUUGAAUUUAGCUGUUUUUUCAACACUUUUUAGAAUUUUUCUUUUUCUUUUUUACAGCUGUUGUCUGUCGUGUGAUCCAAAAGUGUAACGUUUAAUCUGGUGACCCAACCAAUACAUUGGACAGCACUCUAAAACGUUGCGUGUAAUCGUCGGUGGUAAAAACGACCAAGUGUUCUUAUUUAAUUUAAGGUAGUAAGUGGCUGUGUCUAAGUCUUCUGUGAAGUUGGCCUUUGUCAAACAUUUAUACUGAUUUAACUUUCCAAUCAGUUGGCCUUUGUGUGUUUUUAAAACUAGGACAUUUAAAAAAUAUUGGGUGCUAUUUGUACCCUGUUCAUAACAAACGGUACACCAAGUGAUACUGUGCUUCUAGAAUAGUUUUUUUUGCAGUUGCAAUAUAUGCUGUAAAUUAUAUUUAAUCUUCAAAAAAAAAAUCUAUCACUUGUCUGUUUGUUGACUAAGUACGGGACAAUAAACUUUUGGAAGCGAUA